UCUUUGCAUUCUUCACCAUGUACCUGUUUGUGAUUUAUCUUCCUAUUUUUGUAUUUGAGUGAGCAACUAAUGAAGUUCUUUUAAUUUUGUCACUUUGAGUUAAGUUCUUGACAUUUGAAAUAUGCUGCGGCUUUAAUUAAUGGUUAAAUUCGUAAAUUGUACUUAAAGUUGCUCCAAUUAAAUUAUCUCUUUACGUUCCGUUUGAUCCAUUUUUCUGUCUUUUCAAAGUUUUCAUAGAAGCUGCUUGCUCAGUAGUAACUGAUAGAUAGUAUUUGUAGACAUCUGAGUUUAAAUACAUCAAGCUCAUAUGUAGCAGUCUGGUUCUUGAGGUUGGUUAUUAGAUUGUUAAAAAAAAAAAAAAAAAAAAAAAACAAGAGUUUAAGAUUUUACAUAGUCUAGCCUGUGUAAACAUAAUUGUUUUCCGGAUUAAAAAGAACACAUAAACAGCUUGGUCUUGCUGUAUUCUUGCACCCCUUCACUUAUAGCUUUUUUUUAUAAUUUAAAUGUAGUUGCCUAUUAUUAUGACAGGUGCAUUCAACCAUCAAUUUGUCUAACAUGACUUAACUUAAUCCUAAUAAGAACUUUAACCUGUUAAACAAUUUUUCGUGUAGUUGCUGCUUCAUAAUACUGUAUUGCCUUUGUAUCACCGUUUGGCUAUUCCUAAAUUUAAAGACGGUUUGAUUCAAUUGUUGAUGUUGUCUAAAGUACAUAAUAGUGUUAAUGUUGUCUGAUUUCUGCCAUUACUAUAAAGUUGGAACUUUCAGUUACAAAUGCUUAUGUUUAUUGAGAAAGUUGGCUGAAUCUGUUAAUGAAAUUUGUUGGUUCGAUUUGAACUAAAUUUUCCAUUUAAUUCCUUAAGUUUAGAAAAUAACAAUAAGUUUUAUAUAACUAAUAGAUGGGUUGCUAUGUUAUGUUUGAUCUUAUUUGUUGCAAGUUUGAUUUUGUGUUGUGGUAAUUGUGUACAUAUGUGUGUUCAGGCUCCUUUGAUUGAUUUAAAUCGAUAUGGCAAUUAAAUCUACUAUCAAGUCAAUCACUCCAAAAACUGAGGAUUGGAUAUGCAAAAUUCAAGUAGUAGACAAAUAUCCUCCCAGAGACAAGAAAGAUAAAAGUGAAAAAUACCAACUGAUGGUUUUGCAGGACGAAGAGGAAAAUCAAAUUCAAGCCAUCAUUUGGAAUGUUGAUAUAGUGCAGUUUGACAAGUAUUUCAAACCAUUCCAAACAUACCUGGUGUCAGUUGCACAAGUGAAAGAACCCAAUCCCGCAUGUGCUAAUCCAUUCAAUAAAUACACUUGGACAAUUGACAGAAAUACUAUUGUUGAGCCAAUUGAGAAAGUCAUUCCUCUAGAGAAUCCAUUGCCACCGCCAACACGAUUGGCUGUCACUCCUUUUGAAGCUAUUGAGUUUCACGUGAAAGAUUUUGAAUUUGAUGUGCUUGGACUACUUAUUAAUGCGGACUUCCAAGUAAUGCAUCAAAUGGAAAGAAAAUUCAAGAAUUCAUCAUUAUGGAUACUCAGGAUAUGGAGCAGAUACAACACGACAAUAUUGCUAGAUCCAACAUAUCCAGAAGCUACCACAUUAGCUGCAUGGGCCAAAACAAUUCAACGACAACUCAUUGAGUACACAGCUAGAACCAUAUCCCCAGAAGGCACUUUUCUUUUUGUUCCCUUUGAAGAAGAAUCAAUAUUCAUAUCCGAUAUUCAAAUGCAGCCACAGGGACAAAUAUUCUACAUUGAUGGUCAACUUUCACUCAUAAAUGAAGACCAACAUUUCUGCUCCAUGGCGUGCUCAAAUUGUAAAAUGCCAUUUUUAAGAACUACUUCACCAAGGCCAAUCUACUGCAUGCACUGUGAAUGAUCCACCCAACUUAUUCCCAGAAUCCAAUUUGAAGUUAUGAUCACCGAUCACACUGGUAGCACAAUAGCCUCCAUCUCGGAUCAAUCAGCAGCGAAGAUGUUGAACCUCACAGUACAAGAGAUUUAUGAGAUCUGCCAUGCAAAG